AUGCGCAACCCCAAUGGCUGUCGCGUAUUGCUCCUCCUCCUUCCACCCGGUCUCCUCCUUGCCAUCGCCGCCCUAACCAAUAUCCUCGAGAGCAUAUCCAAGGACAAUUUCGAAGACUACCUUGCUCGCGAUUGGCGUAGCGGUGGUCGCCAACUCGUCUUAUCACGCCCAGGCGGCACCGCCUCGAACGACACCACCGUGACCAUAGACAUCAACAACGUGCCCGUAUACGUCGUAUUGGGGUUAUGCAUACUAGGCUAUGGAGUUGGUCUGCUCAGCGCGGCUGGAAUAUGGCAGUUGAGGAGAACAGAGGGCACCGCGGCACAUGAGAGGAAGUGGACUUGGGUUGUCUUCGUGGUCAAUAUCGUCAUGGUGGGCGCGAGCCUGGGUGGCUUUGGUUAUGCGACCUCAGUCCAAAGCAGCGAGAAGAGCUGGCAGAAUUAUGAAGACGUUGGACAAGAGGACCAGGAGCAUACGAGAGAGACGUGGGCAUGCCAGAUCAGUAAAUUCUAUCCUGAUAGGAAUUGGGCUGGUACUGCUUGCGGGACUACGAAAGCGAUGAGGUUCUUGCUGAUACCCAUGGCUGUUGCUGCGCUAUCGAUCUUUCUCAGUCUGUGGGUUCUCGUACGUGCGAGAGGAGGAGUGAAGUGGAUGUUUGGUGGAAAGGGGAGGUAUGCUGGGUUUGCAAAUGUUUAUGAGAUGCGACAACCUGAUCCACCAUCGCCUUAUGCUGGUCCACCAGGCCAGCAAUGGAUUCAGCAGCCAUGGCCGACACAGCAUGGACAGCAAUGGGUUGGACAGCCCGUACAACAGCAGUGGGCGCCGCAACCUUAUCAGCCAUGGGGCCCGCAGCAGCCUGUGCAGCAAUGGGGUCCUCAGCCUGGGGCUCAACAGCCCGUUUCUCAAGUAACAAAGUCAGAUGCUGCGGUAGAGCAACGUCCGGUUUUCGGAUGA